AUGGAAGCACCACCUCCUGUUAUUCCAUCUACUAAGAGGAGGAAAACAUCAGUUGUUUGGGAGUGUUAUCUCGAAGAUAAGUUUGUUACUAUUGGCGAUGCUACAUUUGCGGUUUGCAAGUAUUGCCAAAAAAAGCUGAAAUUACAAAAGACCAAGGCUACUUCCUAUUUGACACGACAUAUGGGUCAAUGUGUUAAAAGGAAGAAAGCAAUAGGGAAAGACUUGGUCGUGGGGGGACAAACAAUUUUGGGUUUUGAGCGUUCAACCUCAAGGGUGCUUACUCCAACUAUGGUGAAAACAAAGACUAGUUAUGAGCAUCCCAAGGUUCGAGAGGCCUUAGCCCACAUAGUUAUGAUAUCUGAAUUGCCGUUUAAUUUUGUCGAGCACCUCAACUUCAUUAAUUUUUGUCACGUUCUGCAACCUUUUUAUGAAAAAGUUGGAAGAAAGCAAGUAAAAGCUGAUUGUUUUAGGGUUUAUCAACCAGAGCGUGAGAGAUUGAAGAAGGUUUUUGAGGAGACUAGAAGGAUCAGUAUUACUACUGAUCUUUGGAAGUCAGAUCAUCAAAGUAUUGAGUACAUGGUACUCACAACGCAUUGGGUGGACCAGUCGUGGUCCUUAAAUAAACAAAUUAUAAAUUUUGUGCACUUACCUCCACCUAGGAGAGGAAUAGAUAUUGCAGCAGCAAUAUUUGACUGUCUAAAGGGUUGGGGGAUUGAACAUAAGGUGGAAACUGUCACAGUAGACAAUGCUUCUGCAAAUGAUAGUUGUGUUAAAAGAUUAAAGGAAGAUUUUCAAAUGCGGAGAACUUUGUUGUGUGAUGGAAAACUUUUCCAUGUUAGGUGCACUGCUCAUAUUGUAAAUUUGUUAGUUCAGGAUGCGGUGGCCGUGAUUAAACCCAUCAUAGACAAUAUUCGGGAAAGUGUAAAGUUUAUAAAAGCUAGUGAGGCAAGGCAAAAAAAUUUUGCCAAAAUUGCUAUGCAGUGUGGAAUUAAAGAGAGGAAGCUAGUUUUGGAUUGUGCUACACGAUGGAAUAGCACAUACAAAAUGCUAGUGAUAGCACUGCAGUUCAGAGAGGUCUUCCUUCGGUUUAUGCUUGUUGAGUCAAGUUAUAUUUAUUGUCCAACAAGGGAAGAGUGGGAGAGAUUGGAGGUUGUCUGUGACUUCUUGGAAAUAUUUGAUGAUAUAACAAAAUUAAUUUCUGGGUCACAGUAUACCACUGCAAAUAGAUACUUUCAAGAAGUGUUUAGGAUAAAAGAGGUCUUGAGAGAGCGAGAAUUUGAUGAAGAUUAUUCUAUAUCAAUGAUGGUGCGAGCAAUGUUAGAAAAAUUUGACAAAUAUUGGGGUGAGAUGAAUUUCCUUAUGGCGAUUGCUAGCAUCAUGAAUCUCAGGUAA